GUUUGUUUCUUGUCGUCUAGAGAACAAGUUAAAUAAAAUAAGGUACUGUCAUUAUUUUGCUGUUGUAAUACCCGGAAAAUUCAUCUUAUUUAUAAAAUGGCUGGCUCUGCACUUCGACGUUUAAUGGCCGAAUACAAGCAACUCACGCUGAAUCCCCCAGAAGGUAUUGUUGCUGGUCCUAUCAAUGAAGAGAAUUUUUUUGAUUGGGAAUGUCUCAUUGUCGGGCCAGAUGGGACAUGUUUUGAAGGUGGUGUUUUUCCAGCUAAAUUAACAUUUCCCACUGACUAUCCACUAAGUCCACCAAAGAUGCAGUUUACAUGUGAAAUGUUUCAUCCAAAUAUUUAUUCAGAUGGAAGAGUAUGCAUUUCAAUCUUGCAUGCACCUGGCGAUGAUCCCCUUGGUUAUGAAUCUAGCGCAGAAAGGUGGAGCCCAGUCCAGAGUGUGGAAAAAAUUCUACUGUCAGUUAUCAGCAUGUUGGCUGAACCUAACGAUGAAAGUGGAGCAAAUAUCGAUGCGGCUAAAAUGUGGCGGGAUAACCGGGCUGAAUUUGAUCGCAUUGCAACCCGUAUCGUUCGAAAAUCAUUGAAUAUUCCUCUUUAAAAGCUGAAUGUAUUAAAUAUAAUUCUAAGAAGAUAA